AUGGCUACCCCUAGUGUCCUCGCUUUUGACGCUGAGGGUCGGGCCAUUGACUUUGACGUCUGGGUAGCUGACCUGCACCUUUUCCUACAGUGCGAUAGGGCAGACGGUCUCUCCCUCUUUGAUCUCACUUCUAGUGCCUCUCCUGCCCCUCCUACUGAUGCUGACGCCACUGUUCACUCACAGUGGGCCACACGCAAUGCUGCUGCACGUCUUGUUGUGCAUCGCCACCUGCCUACCUCGGAGCGUGCGCACGUUAGUCAGUACAAGAGUGCUCAGACCUUGUACGACGCUGUAGUUGCACGCUACUCCUCCCUUGCCAUUGCUGCACUGAGCCGCCUCAUGCUACUGGACCACUUCCUCUCAGUUUGCCCCACCACUCUCACCGUUGACCUCCUCGAGAAGGCCCUCCUAGCAGCAGAGAAGAGCAUAGUAGCUGUAGGAGCCUCUCGUGGUGACCCUCGCACCCCCAUCUUUGAGGGGUGCUCCCCCUCCCCCCUUUUGCCCUCUGUUGCCUCUGCUGCUGCGGCCGACCUCGUUGGUCUUGAGUCAGUCGGUGCGGCGUCUACCCCUAGCGGGAGACGCCGCCCUGGCAAGGGCAAGGGGGGCAGGGGCGCUGGAGGAGCUAGCGGGGGCGGUGGAGGCGGAGGUGGAGGCGGCGGAGGGGGUGGGAGUGGCGGUGGGGGUGGUGGCGGGGGUGGAGGUGUCGGUGGCAGCAGUGGAGGCGGAGGCGGCGGCGGUGGUGGCGGUGGGAGCGGAGGUGGCGGAGGUGGCGGCGGUGGAGGAGGCGGUGGCUCAUAG